CUGCAGCCGUGCCGGGAGGAGGGAAGGAGGCGCUGCCUGCGGGGAGGAAGCUGGAUGAAGUCUUGUGCCUCAGGGCGGGCUCACCAGCCCCUCGGGCAUGAAGGGGACCGCGGGGACUCUGCCCUGCCCUGCAGCCGAGCCUGGACGUCAGGACAGCUGCUUUCAGAUGAUACAGAACCUUCUGUCAGUUGCUCUUGCUUCAGUCCUACUUCAUGAGAAUUUCAGAAGAUACUAACUGAGCAGAUGGUACGUGAACAAUACACUACAACAACACCAGGCACUAGCCUAGAGAGGCCGAAGAAUGAAUAUGUCUACAAAAUUGGAAUUUAUGGCUGGAGAAAGCGUUGCCUCUACCUGUUUGUUCUCCUCCUGCUUAUCGUCCUAGUUGUGAAUUUUUCUUUGACAAUUUGGAUUCUUAAAGUGAUGUGGUUUUCCCCAACUGGAAUGGGACACCUGCGUGUUACAAAAGAAGGCCUUCGUCUGGAAGGGGAAUCGGAAUUCUUAUUCCCUCUUUAUGCCAAAGAAAUCCAUUCUCGAGUGGACUCAUCACUGCUUCUCCAGUCUACUCACAAUGUGACUGUCAAUGCUCGUAAUUCAAAUGGGGAAGUCACAGGCAGAUUAAACGUGGGUCCUAAAAUGGUAGAAUUCCAUGGUCAGCAGUUUCAGAUCAACUCAAAGGAUGGCAAGCCACUUUUUACAGUGGAUGAAAAUGAGGUUGUAAUUGGCACGGACAAACUUCGAGUCACAGGGCCUGAAGGAGCACUUUUUGAACACUCUGUAGAAACCCCACUUGUGAAGGCAGAAGCUUUUAAACAGCUUAGGCUGGAAUCACCAACUCGAUCUUUGAGUAUGGACGCACCACGAGGAAUUAAUAUCAAAGCUCAAGCUGGGAAUAUUGAAGCUCUUUCCCAGAUGGAUAUCAAACUACACAGCAGUGAUGGUGUGCUUUUGCUCGAUGCUGAAACUGUGCGACUGCCCAAACUGCCUGAGGGCACGAGGGGUGGAUCUGGUAUUUCUCAGGGGCUUUACGAAAUCUGCGUGUGUCCAGACGGAAAGCUCUACUUGUCAGUAGCCGGCGUGGGCUCCACUUGCCAAGAAUACAGCCGAGUCUGCCAGUGAGGCCCCAGAGGAGGCUGCACAUCCCCUUGCCAGACUGAGCUUUAUAUCCUUGCUAAAGAGUGUUACCGAAAGCAGAAUUUUCAGAAUUUUAGAAGCAAAGUACUUCAGUUUAGGAAGCAAAUCUGUAUCUACAAUUUUGGACUACAGGGUGAAAGGGGAAGAAGAGCACAAAUGACAUUUCAACUUCAGAAUAAUGACUUGAAUUAAAUUAUAUAUUCAGUCAGCAACACACUCAAAACAGCCUUACAGAGAGCAUAAAAAAUUAAAAGGAAUAUGUUUCCAUGCUGAACUAUUACUCAGUCAGAUGAUUAUGUCAUUGUUAAUAUUUUUUAGUUCCUUGUUUUUUUUCCUCUCACUACAUGUAAACACUGCAUUAGUGGGUGAAAUUAAAUCGAGAGAACUACUUGAACAAGGCAAAGACAAAGCAUUAUUUGGGACAUUCAGAAAGUGCCAGCAAAUGGUCUAUGCAAUUUUGUUCUUGCAAUAAUACAACGUACAAAAAAUAUGGUAUUUGUAUAAGUUCUAUGUAAAAGGUAUUAAUUUGCUAAUAGCUUUCUAUUUUAAUUUGGCAACAUAAUAUGCUAAUUUGCUUAUUACAGAAAUCCCUAUUAAAAAAAAACUAAUACAAAAAACUCCAGGAGUCUUUUACACCUCCCUGUGUCUCAAUUCUGUUCACUAUACAACAGAGAAAUAUGUUAGUAUAUUUUGUAAUAGCAAUAGUUUGUUGUACUGUCUGUACAAUUGUACUCGUUUAAACCCUUUUAUAUUUUAGGACAUGCUAAUACAACAAAGCAAUUUGCUCUGCCAGCUGGACUAGUAAAAUGAAAAAAAUCCUUAAUGUGGCUCCAGAUUGUCUGACAUGAGGAACUGUUUGGGCAGUGGGGAAAAAAAAAUCCUCUUUUGCAGCCCACAAGAUUCCAGUAAGAGGACUAUUUCAUUUCCAUCUGCAGCUGUUGACUGAUAUUUCUGAUCCUUUCAGAGUGUGACUCCAUCACAAAUGGACAGAGUAAAACUACUCUUUAUUAUUUUUUACAUUAGGACCUUGGAUACAAAGUAAAUGCUCACCAGAGUUGACAAACCAUUUAUUGACCUUGUAGGGAAACAAAACUACAGACCCAUUCCCCUGUACAAUGGCUGCACUGAACACAAAUAAAUUGUUUGCAUACCUCUGGGUAGCAAGAUUUGUAUUUAAUGGCCUGUUGUUUAAACCUCAUGGGUUUUUAACUCCUUUAAUGCUGCUUUGUAUAUACCUAAAUAUAUUAUUAGCCAGGUAGGAGCUGCUAUCACAUAGUGCCUUGGUGUCUAUUUACAGAAAGAUUUUAACUCAUUAUUAAACCACAGAAUGUCCAUCCUUUGGAGAAAAUAAUUAUCAUCCUUAAAGUAGGAGAAUCUAAACAAGGGUAACUUAAGAAUAUGCCUUUUUUAAAACUUGCUGCUUCAGCUCUGGGGGUCAGGUGAAGAAACCCCCCACGUAGUUACAAUCCCUGAUACCCACAAGACUGAAAAAUUCACCACUGUUUUUGUGGUAAAGCCCUGGGUAGUCCCUGCCUCAAGGGCUGCCUUUGUAAUUUAUCCAAGGGUCUAAUGUACAAUACUGAAUUUUCCCUUCAUUAGCAGGGUGGAGCCCUCAGCAGUUAAUGCAAACUAAAAGAGCUUCAUUAGAAAAAGGAGAGGUGCUUAAGCUGAGCUUCAGGCAAAGGAUGAAGGCAAAUCAAGGUCACCUGUGGUAUUUGGAGAGUGCUUCCAUUGCUAAUGUAUUGCCUAAGAGAGUAGCAGGAAGCCACAAUAUGUAUCUAUUCUACAACUGUAUCUCUCAGCUAUCUCUCUCUCUACAACUAGGCCCUCAGCUGAGGCAGGCUUUAACAGAAACCUGCCUUCAGCAUUCCUUUAAAGACAGUUUAGGUGUUUCCAGCUCCUUUGAAAACCAAAUUAUGAGCAGACUUAGCUUAUUCAUUGGACAGAAAGUAUGAGUAUUAAAAUAAAGAACAGCAAAUUCCAUUUCAUGUGUCAGAUAUCUAAAAACUGCUGCUACAAGCAACCUGGAGGGCUGUAAUGUCUACAGUCAUUUAUAGAUGUAGUACAACAGCAAAACUGGGACUUCAAGUCCUUAGAGAACUCAGCCACCAUCCAGUUUCAGAGGCAUUUGAAUUGUCAUCAUACCUAUGCUUCUGACAUCAAGGAACACAUCCCCACUUCCAUGUGGGAACAUACUACUCAUUCCCCUAAUCUAAUCCCUAAAUUUUAGACAGAUGCUGUAAAUAAGCACAUUAGUCACAACCUGCCAAUUCUGAUGGCAACGGAAACAUGGCAUUUUAAGUUGUGUAUUUUAAGCUUUUGUUUUGCAGGCACAUUUCCAAAUGUGAUUUGCUGGUUAGUACAGAGCAAGGGAUUGAAUCCAGGCUUUCCAUCUCUCAUAAGAGUAACCUAAUCCCUAAACUACAGGGUACUUGGAAGCCACUUCUGCACCAGCUUCUUGUGUUGAAGUAGCUCUGUUUUAGUUAACGUUUUUACAAAGCUGUGGUCUCCAACUAGCAAAAUCAGUGCAGUUCCCCAGCCAGUAACAGUGCUAAGCAUUAUGGCACCUCAGUUACACAUGGCAAUAACUGCUGCCUUUCUUGAAGAGAUAAACCUUUCGGACUUGCCUCAGUUCACAGGUGGACUCUGAGUAGUAUAGAAAACUAAACAGAUCUGCUAGAUCCCCAAAUCUGCCAUCAUCAAAUCACCAAUUUGUCUCUCUUCAUUGUUUAUAUUGUUUAAAUGUUGUUUGUCUUUGCAAUAUGCUACAAAAUUGACACUGAAAAUAGAGUUGCAUUAUGUAAAUUGUGCAGGUUUUUUAAAGCAUGGAUAGCAUCUUCUUGCCACUGAAGAACAUUUUUGGGAUUUUUUUCUUUUUAGUUGUAGUUAGUGAAGAAACAAAGUUUAUGUUCAAAUUACCACAGUGUAGUCAGAUGAUGCUAUAAUCUGAAUUGUUGUUAAUCUCAAUAUAGUUCAUACAUCACUGAAUUAUCAUUUCUGGUAUCUCCAUGUGGAUGUCUUUCCAUCUCUAAUACUUCAAAUUAAUUGCCUCUACUUGACUCAAACUUAGUAAAUAGUUACAGAUUAACAGAAACUUACAGCACAGGAAUCUGAGAGCAGAUACUUCUCCAGUUUAUUUUAAAAAAUGUUAUCCAAAUGGGGAAAAGAAAAACUCACUACCCAGCAUAGUGAACUAUAUUGUUUGCUUUUUUUUUUUUCUCUCAAGAAUUAUUUACAGUAGUCCUUGUAACUGGUUGGGAUUGUUACACAGUGUAAAAGUAAAAAUAUCAAAAUGGUAGUAAAAUGUUAUUGGUGAUUGCCCAAACACAACCCUCUUCGUUUCCAUUUCACAGCCCUUUAGUACUGACAUUUGUCUCUCUUGAUAAAGCUUUAUGCAAAAGGGAAUGAUAAGAAUUGACUGAAAACUGAAUUCUUAAAUAAACUUUAUACAUUUUUUAA